AGAGCGUCAUUUCCUGGCGACCACAGACUCUCGCUUCGCGCCAAGUAGUUGAAGGUGUUUCUUACUUAAUUUUUUUGACAACAAACCAGCACAGCGAGAAACCGCGUUCAUAAUGGACAUCAGGCGGUUCUUUGCACCGACGUCGGCUAAGCCUGCGGUGCAGAAACCUGCCCCAAAUGGAAACAACAAACCAGAGGAGAAGAAAAAGAAGAAUUCUUCGUCAACAGACGAGGAGGUGAAAAAGAAAAAGAAAGAGGCUAACAAGGUCAAAAGGUCAAAAGUAGAAGAGCAACGCAAGGAUGGUGCGAAAAAACAAAAGAAGCACGCAGUCAUAGUAUCCGACUCAGAUGAGGAGGAGCCAGUGAGGAAGUCAAAAUCUCCCAAAGAGAAAGUGAAGACGAACAAAAAAGAUCCUGUGCAGUAUGUCUCAGAAACAGAUUCGGACAGUGACAACUUCCAGUCCUUGAAGAAGACCUCCAAAUCCAAACAGAACUGCACAGCCAAAACAACAAAAACGGAUGUGGCGACCUCUCGUCUGGGAGCCAAACAGUCAGGGAAGUCUCCUGUCAAACCCGCCGCCACCCAGGGGAAAACAGGAUCAAAGUCUCCUCCUGUGCCUUCCACCCCAAAGUCAGCCCCGCCUCCUCAGCCAAGACAAACCCCUACCUCAGUACUCGACUACUUUGGCAGCGGGUCUAUUCAGCGCUCGGACAAAAAGCUGGUAGCCAGCGCCAAACGAAAGGCUCCAACUCAGGACACAGACAACCUGAUCAGUGAUGAAGAAAUUGCCAGGCAGCUGCAGAUGGAAGAGGACAUGGAGCUGGAAAAACAGGUCCAUGAGGAUGAGGAGUUUGCCAGAACAUUGGCCAUGCUGGAUGAGGAGCCUAAAGCAAAGAAGGCUCGUAAAGGCUCUGAUGAAAAACAAGGCUUGACCACGACCCCCCAAAAAAGGGGCACAGACGCUGCUGCCGGCAGGUCGAGCAGCCCAUCAAAGACCAGCCGCAGUGUAUCAGAGGACGUGGUUAGUCCGUCUCCCAAAAAGACCAUAACUCCUGUGAAAACCAGCUCUAAACUGGCCAUGAUGAAGAAAAAGGACGAAGGAGCGAAGAGCAAAACACCCACUAAAAUGAACAUCUCUCCCAAAAAGGAGCCCCGCACUUCAUCAAUCUCAGAGAAGACUUUCACGCCCAAAGUGGGAACCACACCCACUGCACUUAAGACUUCUCCCAAGAAACCCGAGAGCACAAGCACAAGUCCUGAUGACCAAGAGAAGAAGAAGGCCAACUCUUCAGCUUACAGGAACUACCUCAACAGAGAUGGACCACGAGCUCUGGGCUCAAAGGAAAUCCCACAGGGAGCAGAAAACUGUUUGGAGGGCUGCGUGUUUGUGCUGACGGGCGUACUCGAGUCUAUGGAGAGAGAAGAUGCCAAAGCUCUCAUUGAGCGCUAUGGAGGCAAGGUGACAGGCAACGUCAGCAAGAAGACCACCUACGUGGUUCAGGGCCGAGACAGCGGAGCCUCGAAGCUCGAGAAGGCGGAGAGUUUCGGCACCCAGAUCCUCAAUGAAGAUGGUCUGUUGGAGCUGAUCAGAACCAAACCGGGGAAGAAGUCCAAGUAUGAGAUUGCUGCAGAAGCUGAGAAUAAAACCUCAAAGACCAGGACGCCCCCAAGCCAGACUUUAAAGAGCACCCCCAAAGCCCAGAAGAUCUCUCCCUCCAAGGGUAAUUCCAGGUCACCUCAAACCCCAAGCCCUUCAAAGACCGGCCUGGCACAAAGUAGCAGUGCUAAAACCAGAGAUGGAGGGACCCCAUCGAGGAGAGGUAUGGGUCAAACUGCCCGGAGGGAGCUGGGCCUUUCCUCUACCUCCUCUUCUACUUCAGCCCCAGAGCAGUCUUCAUCACCAACAGAGGAAGGUGCCAGUCUGCUGUGGGUGGACAAGUACCGUCCACGCUCUCUGAAGACUGUGAUUGGACAGCAGGGGGACCAGAGCUGUGCCAACAAGCUGCUGCGCUGGCUGCAGGACUGGCACAAAAACCACAGCGGGGGUGUCAGAAAACCAGCAGUGGCACGGUUUGGUAAGUUUGGAGGAGGGAAAGAUGAUGGAUCAGGAUUCAAAGCCGCUCUGCUCUCUGGACCACCAGGGGUGGGGAAGACCACCACUGCUGCCCUGGUUUGUGAGGAGCUGGGCUUCAGUUAUGUGGAGAUGAAUGCCAGCUGUACUCGCAGCAAAAACAGCCUCAAGGAAGUUGUCGCCGAGUCGCUGAACAACACCAGCAUAGAGAACUUCUACAAAGGCACGUCGCAGACAGUGAGCAGUAAACAUGUCCUGAUCAUGGAUGAGGUCGAUGGCAUGGCUGGUAAUGAGGACCGCGGAGGAAUUCAGGAGAUGAUUGGCCUUAUUAAAAAUUCAAAGAUCCCCAUCAUCUGCAUGUGCAACGAUCGGAACCACCAGAAGAUCAGGUCUUUGGCCAACUACUGCUUCGAUCUGCGCUUCCAGAGACCACGAGUGGAACAGAUCAAGGGAGCCAUGAUGUCCAUUGCUUUCAAGGAGGGAAUCAAGAUCCCGCCUCCAGCUCUUAAUGAAAUCAUUUUAGCCUCCAAUCAGGAUGUACGACAGGUGAUCCACAAUCUCAGCAUGUGGUCAGCCAAAGACAAAACGAUGACGUACGACCAGUGCAAAUCCGACGCAGCCAGCGCCCGUAAGGACAUGAAGCUCGGGCCGUUUGAUGUCUGCAGGAAGGUGUUUGCCUCAGGGGAAGAGAGAGGUAUGAGCCUCAUCGAUAAGUCUGACCUCUUUUUCCACGACUACUCGCUGGCCCCGCUGUUCGUCCAGGAGAACUACCUGAACGUUCGACCAGCUGCUGCAGGUGGCAAUCUGAAGUCCCACCUGGUCUUGCUCAGUAAAACGGCCGAUUCUAUCUGUGACGGCGAUUUGGUGGACAGACGGAUCCGCUCGGGGCAAAACUGGUCACUGCUGCCCACACAGGCUAUUUAUGCCAGUGUGUUACCAGGUGAGCUCAUGAGAGGCUACAUGAAUCAAUUCCCAGCUUUCCCCAGCUGGCUCGGCAAGAACUCCUCGACCAAUAAACACUCACGCAUCAUACAGGAGCUGGCCUCACACAUGAGUUUAAAGACAUUGAGCAGCAAACAGGCAGUGAACCUGGAUUACCUGCACUACAUGCGACAGGCGAUUCUAAAUCCACUUCAGAAACGCGGAGCGGAGGGCGCCGCCGAAGCCGUGCAGCUGUUGGACGACUAUCAGCUCAUCAAGGAGGACGUGGACAGCAUCAUGGAGACUAGCGUGUGGGGUGGACAGCCCGACCCUUACUCCCAACUGGACUCCAAGGUGAAGGCAGCCUUCACACGGGCGUACAACAAAGAGGCUCACCUAACGCCGUACUCCCUACAAGCUGUGAAGAAAGGCCGCCGUGGUGGUGGAGGGGAAUUAGAGUUGGGAGGGGAAGACAUAAACCAGGAGGAUCUGGAGUCUGAAGACGAAGGAGAGGGCCUCAAAGCCGAUGCUAUGAUUAAACAGAAGAAGGCCAAAGCCACCAAGGAGUCAAACAAGGAGAAGAAAGAGGAUUCUGGAAAGGGGAAAGGCAAAGGGAAAGGCAAGGCUAAGAAAUGACAGAAGGAAGAAAACAAGCUGUCCAGGUCUGGCUUCCUUUGCCACAACAGACUGAAAAUUUUCUCUGCACUUGUGUUGAUCCAUUAAACUUGCAUCAGAAAGUAGUAAAACUGGUCUCAGCAGGUCCCUUUAAACCCUUUACAACACUGACCGAGGAGCAUCUUUCCUGUUUUUUAACUCUUUGUCUUGCCAUGCUGAACAAAUGAUGCAUAUUACCUGCUCGUCCACCAUCAUCAUGUCUGUACACCUGUGUAGGAACAUUCGUAUACUUCUUCUGUCAUCAGUCUGUGGUGCACGCGUUAAGGAUGUAAAUAAUGGCUGGAGGACUGUUUUUUUCUAUGACUACUUUGCUUACUGUUAGUGCAGUUUCUCAUUGUCCUGUAAAUUGCAAUUUUGUAAAAAAAAAAAAAAAAUUAACAAAACAAAUACAUGAGGAUUAAUA